CUUCCGCUGUCCUCCUCUCCAUGUCACGACCAACGAAUUCAUGGCAUCGCUACGGUCGCUGGGCGUCCACAAGCCCUCCGCGCUCGCAUAUCUAGCCGCCGAAUCUAUCCUCUCCGAAGACACCACCGAAAAAGAAUAUACAUGGGAGACAUACGGCAGCGAAGAGUCGGGACAAACCUUUGAAGAUGAAGUGGUGACAACCGACUACUGUGUAGUGUGGUCUCGCGGCGGAGUGGUCCAGAAGGUCUUCAAUUUUGAAAUUGAAGAGGAGAAGGUCGUCCAGGCCGUGUUGACCUGGUUCCCUUCCGAUGAAGCUCCUGCUACGGAUUCAGAGACUCAGGAUGGGCUGGAGUCUGGGUCGGGUGAGAAACUGAGAGCCUCCCUUGCUCAAGGAACACAGCCGGCCACAGAUCCAAAUAGCGACAGCUCAUAUUCAAGACCCCAAGAGGGACGUUCUAGAGCUCUAGUGGUAUUCCUCAAGUCCCAGGCUCAUGUCUUCUUUCUCUCCGGAUCUACCCAUAUCGUGAACCUUCCCUUCGAGGUUGAGAAGGCAUUUCCAGCUCCACGGGGUCUAAUUUUGCAACGAAAGAUUCCACAGGCCGAGAUCGUUCCCCCUACACCAGUGAUACCCGGCCCGCCGCAGAACUCCUUUCUGUAUUCAUCGCAGUCGUUCUCUCAACCAGGCCGAAGACUCGGGUCCUCGUUGGGAACUGGGCAGAAGACAUCCAAGACUCUGAAGGCAGGGUCAACGAAUGCCCUAUUUUUGGAGGACUUGAUAAAAGGAUCUUCCCUCCCAAAUACAAACGGCCUCCCUCGAAUAUUUUCCUUUACAGAUCCAUUGUCUGAGCUAGGCCUGGUAGUCAACGUUGUGACUCCUGUUACACGUGGGUCUCUGUCUGUCAAUGGAUCUAGUUCUCGCAGGUUGGAACCGAUCGAGAAAUCAGAAGAGAUCCUCUAUGUCUCUCCGCGGAACGAGUUGACUUUCGACAAAGAUACUGAAGAUAAGCCACUGAUCUUGGUCGUCACUACGAACAAUCAGACGAGUGGUUUCACCAUAUGGACAACUUCAUACAUCGAACCCAAAUUGAUCUCUUCUGCAAGACGCCACAAUCCAACAUUGCACAGUCACAAGCUCAGACGUCGAAGCUCUUAUGGGCCUACUGCUGCUGGAACCGGGACCACCACGCCUGCUCUCAGAGGGGGCAAUAACGUGAGAGAAAGCUUUGGUGGAGUCAAUAGGAGCAAAACAGUCCCUGCAUCGUUCAACGGGCGCGGAAGCCAAGAUAAGAAAUCUUCAGAUCAGAAUGCAGAAGAUGCCCUCGCUUCUCAACUCGACCCUGAUUUCGAGAUAUCACGGCAACCGAAGGAGUCUCGGCGUGUCAGCUCCCUUCUCUCAAGAGCUGAGCUCUCUACUAGUUUCGACAAGUCAGCGUUCCAAGGUCUAGCGACCCAACGCACAAGCUUAGGAACAAGUUUCGGAGCAGGCUCUCGCAGGGGACAAUCCAUGGGAAGCUACAACGAGAGGGCCAGUUUCGGUGCUUCGCAAACGAGACACAGAGCGUCAACUCCAGGAAGCGUUUCCAGAAUGAGCCUCGGUGGCAUGUCCGUAGAUGAUACACUUGAGGAUAUUAUGGACGAAGACAGCUACGACACGCUCGAAGAUUAUGACGAACUUGAAGACUUAUUUUCCGGUGGGACAUACGGGGGUCUCUACGAGCAAGAACCAAUGAAUGGGCUAAGAAAAGAGAUGGUUAUGAGCAAAGUAGGCGAAAUCCCGGUUAGUGAACUGGCUAAACAUAACACCUCUAUACACGGCAGUGACGGUCAAUUCAAGGAUUCAUUGAAGAUAUUCACGAUGUCGGCUCCCAUAAAUCCUACGGCGCUUCACGAGCGCAAGCUCCAUAUUCACAUCAUGCAUGGCCUGUCGCAGAGCCAUCUCGAAUGCGAAUUAUCUGUCUCACGAAAACGCCUACCGACGACUAGUUCGACAACUACACAAAAUGGUAAAACCUCCGGACCUCGCUAUAUGUGUGUACCGGUACUUCAAAAGACGCGAUGGCUAAAAUCCUGCAUCGACGCCACAAAAGUAAUUGAUGGUGGCACUGAACGAGUAAUUACUCUAGUACAGGAUGAAUCUGGCGAGAUGUCUCUCUCACUCGAAGCUGGCUGGGGCGGACAGCUCCCUACGAAGCUUGCAAUCGGCCCUCUUAAGCUUUUCAAUCCUUUCGAAAUCGUUAGCAGUUCCUCGUCCUUCAGGAAAUCUGCGGGGUUGAAGAGGACUUUAAGUGUCCCAAAAACGCUUCAAAGAUUAACAGUAUCUACUUUCAAUGGAUCUUUUGACAUUUUGGAUGGAGACUGGUGUAGACACCGUUUCCAGUUGCAACUCGCUCCAAGGAUCGAACUAGUGUCAAAGGUUUUCGAAAUGUGCUUGGCCGUCCUCCCGAACCAUGUGGGUGACUUCCUGCUUGGCAUAUGGUGGAGUGUCUGCAGAGGAUUACCGAAAGAUCAGACUUCAAACGUGGAAUGGACAGCUUUGGUCGUUACUUUGUUCACACUUGCAGUUCCGUUCAUCGAAGACAGUUCGAUUAGCUUGACAGAAUCCCCGAAAGAUUCACAGCGUUCCCACAAAUUGCGCCAUUCUUCCUCCGCGAGCAGAUCGACCGACUCUACCUCCGCCUGGGACUUAAUGUGGAGCCACGAAGCUGCUAGGCCUGUUUCAAAGAGCUGGCAUACUUCUCCAUGGUCUUGGGUUCAAGAAUCUAAGUCCACCUCGUCGAAGAACCCGAGAAACAGACCCUCACACGGAUUCGCAACCAUCUCUCAGCAACUACAGGGUAGAAGAGACUUUAUCGCCGACUGCGUCAAGCUUGCUCGCCAAUUCAACCAGUCACCAAUCGGAAUCGCUGCAAAUGAUCAAUGGAGGCGGCUCUCAGCUGCCGGAAGUUCAGACGUCCGAUGCACCUACCUCCCUCAAAUACUCGUAGCACUGCAUCUGUUGCGAGAAGAGCAAAAGCUCGAUGUUUUGUGCAUAGAUCAAAUUACGACCGAUGUUGGCAAUCUUGCCCCAGUUCUUGCUCAGCUUGGGCACUGGUUGCGGUGGGAGCUUUGGAGCUGGAAAAGAGGCACCUACUACGACCUGGAUGGAGCUGGGGUAGCGGAGUGGAUUUUCGAAGACUCAAGCAUGAACGUCGAGACCUUCUCGCAACCCUGGGACGCACCGCCAUCAAUAUACGAAUGGCUAGAAAAAGCUGUCCGUCCGGAUAUUUGUCCACCAUUCCCGACACUUAGUUUGCUCAUCAAUAAGCCAACGCAAUCUCCGUACGGAACUCAGGAUAUCGAGCACCGUAUAUCGGAAAUCACACCUCGAACAAUAGCUCUGGGCAAAUAUCUACGAAGUGUGCGGGACAGCCCCAAAUCACCCGCAGCCUCUAUUGAGUUGAUAGCGAGAUCGGGCAUAACUGCAAGAAUGCUGGAUACGCUCCCAGAAGCUGCUAAGGCGCCACUGCGGGAAGCUAUCGUUAGAUGUAGAGCAAAUCCGCCAACCACGUGGACGUCCGAUCUCCUAAAACUGGUUCAGCGAGAAGACCUCGAUAUACGUGCCACCUUAUCCGAGUCAAUCGACACUCCGCAGGUCACUGUAUCCAGCAAUGCUCACCCAAGUCCCUCUGGAUUACGAGAUGUUCAUACAAUUUGUCAAAUGGCCGAGCAGCCCGAGUCUCUUCUUCGAUCCUCGGCUGAAAUGGAGAGAGGUCUUAUAACAAGGCUUAUAUUCAACGAAGAUCGACGUUUCAUGGAAGCGCUAAUGCUGCUCGAGCCGCUUAGACAGGCAGUUGCGGAGUGUACACCAGAUAGCCGUUCGGAUGAGACAGCGAUCCUAGAAGCACAGAAGAACCUUAUGCAAUGGGUCAUGGUCCGCACGUUCUCUCUGCCUACGGGUGGCGGUAUGAUCAAGUUCGGCAACAAGAAGCCUCUUCUAACCGAGAAGUUCAAUCUCUACGGCUUUACGACAUCAUGCUUGAUGAAACCAAUGGGCAACGUGGUAACAGCGGAUAGAACAAACUAUUCCGAAGACAAAUUCGGCUGGGCCUUCUUCCAUGCAGGCGUCUCUGGAGGUGUAAGCAUUUCUCGCGAUGCUCAAGGCAUUGAUACUUCUUGGAUCAUGUACAACAAGCCCGCGGAGCUCUCAAACAAACACGCCGGGCUCUUAUUAGGACUAGGUCUCAAUGGUCAUUUGAAAACGAUCGCCAAAUGGCUGUCAUUCAAGUAUUUGACCCCGAAGCACACCAUGACAUCAAUUGGUCUCCUUCUUGGUUUAUCGGCAUCCUAUCUAGGAACCAUGGACACUUUGGUAACGCGCCUGCUCUCUGUUCACGUUACUCGAAUGUUGCCUCCCGGCGCCGCCGAGCUUAAUCUUUCUCCGUACACGCAGACCACUGGCUUGAUGGGUAUAGGGCUGCUAUAUUACAACACUCAACAUCGGCGUAUGAGUGAGAUCAUGUUGUCUGAGAUUGAGCACGUCGACCAUGUGGACCCGUCAGAACCGCCGGAUACUCUUCGCGAUGAAGGGUACAGAUUAGCAGCUGGUUUUGCCCUAGGAUAUAUCAACUUAGGCAAAGGAAGAGAUCUUAGAGGUCUUCAUGAUCUGCGACUGGUCGACCGGCUGUUAGCCGUUGCCGUGGGACCGAAACCUGUCGAUAUCGUCCAUAUACUGGACCAAGCAACAGCCGGCGCUGUGAUUGCAAUAGCUCUCAUCUUCAUGAAGACGCAUGAUGAAUCUGUCGCCCGCAAAGUCGACAUUCCGGACACACUUCCUCAAUUCGAUUACGUUCGACCCGAUAUUUUCCUCCUCAGGACUUUAGCCAAACAUCUCAUCCUUUGGGAUAAGAUCAAAGCAGAACAUCGGUGGAUAAUCAGAAAUCUGCCUCAGGAAUAUCAACACGAUCAUCAGCUGAAGGAGAUUAAGGCGCUCCGCAGCGACCACAUGCCUUUCUUCAACAUUAUUGCUGGUCUCUUAUGGAGCAUUAGUUUUAAGUAUGCUGGUAGUGGUGACACUCAGGUCCGAGAUUUCCUGAUUAAAUAUCUCGAUCAGUUCAUGCGCAUAUGCCGCUUGCCCGCCGUACGAUACGAUGCCAAACUCACAAGACACACAGUGCGGAACUGUCAAGAUCUGGUAGCUCUCGCUGUCACUACUGUCAUGGCUGGAACCGGAGACCUGAACGUCUUCCGCAGACUGCGAGCACUCCACGGCCGUGUAGGCCCCGAUACACCUUUCGGCUCCCAUCUUGCCGGCCAUAUGGCGUUCGGUGCUCUCUUCCUCGCAGGCGGCACCCACACCUUCAGCACCUCUAAUCUAUCUAUCGCAUCCCUGAUGUGCUCAUUCUACCCUCUCUUCCCAAUGGAUGUCCUAGACAACAAAGCCCACCUCCAAGCCUUCCGCCACUUCUGGGUCCUGGCCGCCGAGCCUCGCUGCGCCGUAAUCCGCGACGUCGACACCCACCGCGCGAUUUCGACGCCCAUCAUCGUGACUCUGAAAGACGGAGCUGAGAAAUCCCUCGUCGCCCCAGCUCUUCUCCCCGAGCUCGACAUCAUCUCUAGCAUUCGCACUACCAGUACAGAAUACUGGCCCGCGACGCUUGACUUCGCAAACAACCCCAUCCAUCUCGCGGCGUUCAAGCACAACCAGACGAUGCGGGUUCGGAAGCGCUCAGCGCACGAUAUGCACGGCUCUACCUUCAGCGCUACCCUCGUCGCGCUCAAUGACGCCCAGGCUGCGCGCACGCAGCGGGUCAUGUGGGAUUGGCUGUUUGCGCUGCCGGCGCUGCGGGAGUUUGAGAAGCCGGAUGUAGGGUUGAUUAUUCCGCUUGAUGCGUUUAGUAGCGUGCAUACAGAGAUGAGCGGGACGGUAGUUGAUGAGCGGUUAGUUCUACGCAAGCAGGCGGGGAGUUGGAGACGGGAUGAUCUGUGGGAUCUGAGAGUGCUGUUUGAGUGGGCGGAGCGGGCGCAGAGCAGUGGGGGGAAACUAAGAUGGUUGGGGCGAGCUGUUGUGGAGAGACUUCGGGCGGAGGUCAUGGAGAGAGGGAGGGGAGUUGGGGAAGGACUCUGAAAAGGCAUAUGGUGUGUAAUGAUGGAAAGGUGUACGUCGGAACGCCAAUGAAUGGGUAGAUCGAGCGAUGCAUAGCGUGGAAAUGUAUUACAAGCUUGUGCUUUUUUGCUAGAGACAAUGUUACAUCUUAGAUGAAGU